ACCUACUCUGUGCCUCUCGGCUGUAGGGCCUGGAGGAAGGCGUAUUGAGCCGGCUCGAGAGCUAUCUGGGGCGCACAAGCGUUCCGUUCGUUACCCGCUCAGCGCCAUGUCGUGGAUGUUCAAGAGAGAUCCUGUUUGGAAGUACUUGCAGACUGUCCAAUACGGAGCCCAUGGAAAUUUUCCACGCCUCUCAUAUCCAACUUUCUUUCCCCGUUUUGAAUUCCAAGAUAUUAUACCUCCAGACGACUUCCUAACUAGUGAUGAAGAGCUAGAUUCAGUUUUAUUUGGAACUUUGAGAGGUCAUGUAGUUGGACUACGCUAUUACACAGGAGUAGUUAAUAAUAAUGAAAUGGUUGCAUUACAACGAGAGCCCAAUAACCCCUAUGAUAAGAAUGCAAUUAAAGUAAACAAUGUGAAUGGAAAUCAGGUUGGCCAUUUAAAGAAAGAUCUUGCAGCUGCUUUGGCCUAUAUCAUGGACAACAAAUUGGCACAGAUUGAAGGGGUUGUUCCUUUUGGUGCAAACAAUGCUUUUACCAUGCCUCUCCAUAUGACUUUUUGGGGAAAAGAAGAAAAUAGAAAAGCGGUUUUAGAUCAGUUGAAGAAACAUGGAUUUAAAUUGGGUCCUGCACCAAAAACUUUAGGAUUCAGUUUAGAAAGUAGUUGGGGCUCUGGAAGAGCUGGACCAAGCUAUAGUAUGCCAGUUCAUGCUGCAGUACAGAUGACAACUGAACAGCUUAAAACAGAAUUUGACAAAUUGUUUGAAGAUUUAAAAGAAGAUGAUAAAACUCAUGAAAUGGAACCAGCUGAGGCUGUUGAAACACCAUUGCUUCCACAUCAAAAACAAGCUCUAGCUUGGAUGGUUUCACGGGAAAACAGUAAAGACCUUCCACCAUUUUGGGAACAGCGAAGUGACUUAUACUAUAACACAAUAACAAAUUUUUCUGAGAAGGACCGACCAGAAAAUGUCCACGGAGGAAUUUUAGCUGAUGAUAUGGGUUUGGGCAAAACUCUGACAGCCAUUGCAGUAAUUCUUACCAACUUCCAUGAUGGCAAACCUCUUCCUGUUGAAAGAAUUAAAAAAAGUCAGCUGAAGAAGGAGUGUAAUGUUAACGAUCAAUCUAUGAAACUUGGAGGAAACAAUACCAGUGAAAAGGCAGAUGGACUAAUCAAAGGAUCUAGAUGUAGUGGAGAACCCAGUAUUUCAGAUGUCAAGGGAAAGAAUAAAUAUCCCAAGUCAGAAUUGUCUAGCUCUCGCCCCAAAAGAAGGAAAACUGCAGUCCAGUACAAUGAAAGCAGUGAUUCAGAGGAAAAUGAAGCAAGUGAAUUGCCACAGAAAAUGAAAGGCAAACUGAAAAAUGCACAGUCUGAGACUAAAAGAGUAAAAGGAUCUUCUAAGGUUAAAGAAGAUGCAGAGUUUGCAUGUGCACUUAUUUCAUCUACCCCUACAACAAAAAGGAGAAUGUUGAAAAAGGGAGCAUCUGCAGUGGAGGGUUCAAAGAAAACUGAUGUUGAAGAGAGACCAAGAACAACACUGAUCAUCUGCCCACUUUCUGUGUUAAGCAACUGGAUUGACCAGUUUGGACAACAUAUAAAAUCAGAUGUGCAUUUGAAUUUUUAUGUUUAUUAUGGUCCUGAUCGUAUAAGAGACCCAACCUUGCUUUCAAAACAGGAUAUUGUUUUGACUACAUACAACAUUUUAACUCAUGACUAUGGAACUAAAGGUGAUAGUCCAUUACAUAGCAUAAGGUGGCUAAGAGUGAUCCUGGAUGAAGGACAUGCCAUCCGAAAUCCAAAUGCUCAGCAGACAAAAGCUGUACUUGAUUUAGAAGCAGAAAGAAGAUGGGUGUUAACAGGUACUCCGAUUCAAAAUUCUUUAAAGGACUUGUGGUCUCUUCUUUCCUUUUUAAAACUUAAACCAUUUCUUGAUAGAGAAUGGUGGCAUAGAACAAUACAGCGUCCUGUCACAAUGGGAGAUGAAGGAGGACUUAGGCGUUUACAAUCCCUAAUUAAAAAUAUUACCCUAAGAAGAACAAAGACAAGCAAAAUUAAAGGAAAACCUGUUUUGGAGUUACCAGAACGUAAAGUAUUUAUUCAGCACAUUACACUUUCAGACGAAGAAAGAAAAAUUUAUCAGUCUGUGAAAAAUGAAGGCAGAGCUACUAUUGGAAGGUAUUUUAAUGAAGGGACUGUCCUUGCACACUAUGCAGAUGUCCUGGGUCUUUUGCUUAGAUUGCGGCAGAUUUGUUGUCAUACUCACCUUCUUACAAACACAGUGUCUUCCAGUGGUCCCUCAGCCUUUUCUCUAGGAAAUGAUACACCUGAAGAACUACGAAAGAAGUUAAUAAGGAAGAUGAAGUUAAUUCUGAGCUCAGGUUCUGAUGAAGAAUGUGCAAUUUGCUUGGAUUCUUUAACAGUUCCUGUCAUAACACAUUGUGCACAUGUCUUUUGUAAACCCUGUAUUUGCCAAGUCAUUCAGAAUGAGCAGCCACAUGCUAAAUGUCCUUUAUGCAGAAAUGAUAUACACGGAGACAAUUUAUUAGAAUGUCCUCCAGAAGAAUUGGAGUGUGACACUGAGAAAAAGUCUACUAUGGAAUGGACAUCCAGUUCAAAGAUUAAUGCUCUAAUGCAUGCACUGAUUGACUUAAGAAAGAAGAACCCCAACAUAAAAAGUUUAGUUGUUUCUCAGUUUACAACAUUCCUGUCUUUAAUAGAAACACCACUCAGAGCCUCUGGAUUUGUGUUUACUCGUUUGGAUGGUUCCAUGGCACAGAAGAAAAGAGUUGAAUCAAUUCAGUGUUUUCAAAACACUGAAGCAGGAUCUCCAACUAUAAUGCUUCUAUCCUUAAAAGCAGGUGGAGUUGGUUUGAAUCUUUCCGCAGCUUCUCGAGUGUUUUUAAUGGAUCCAGCCUGGAAUCCAGCUGCUGAAGAUCAGUGCUUUGACAGAUGCCAUAGACUUGGCCAGAAGCAAGAAGUUAUCAUCACAAAAUUCAUUGUGAAGGAUUCUGUUGAAGAAAAUAUGCUGAAAAUACAAAACACAAAGAGAGAACUUGCUGCUGGAGCCUUUGGAACUAAAAAAACAAAUGCUAAUGAAAUGAAACAAGCUAAAAUUAAUGAAAUCAGAACUUUAAUUGAUUUAUAAUUUGUGGGAUUUGGUAAGAAGACUACUAUAUGUGAGAGGCGUGAUAUCUGGAUGGAAGUUGGGCUGGAUGACCUCCAAAAUCGUUUCAACUCUUAAAGACAUCUUAAUCCUGAAUGGAAAAAUUUCUUUGUUAUUGUGUUUAGAAUCAGACAUUGAUUUUGGAACUUCAGUAAUUCACCCUACAUUUAUCUAUAAAAUUAGUCCUCUUUUUCUUACUUUUUGGUUAAUCAGACUCACGGUAGUUGCCAUGGCAUUCUAGAUGACUCUUUGAGUCACAUUUAAAUAAGCUCUGCAUUUGCCAAUCACGUUAGUUAGUGGUGUCCUUCCUUAAGGGGAACUUUUUAAUCCAAAGAAAGAUUACUGUACAGGAGAAGCUUCCUGUUUGACCAUGCAGACUUGAGAACACCUUUCAUUUUACUUACAGUGUUAAGAAAUGACUUAAAGAUAAGCUUGGAGGCAGUGUUGUGUUCUAGGGCAUACAUCGAGCUAUGUGCUGAAUCUAUCGACAGCUAAAUUCUCCCCUCCCUGUGCCCGGUCUCCUGCUCCAAGGUAACAGUGUAUUAGGCAGCAAGAAUCUUCCCAGCCCCUUUUCUCUUUGGCUGCAGGUAAGGCAGAGGGCUGGGUAAAAGGAUCAACAGACCUUUCUGUACAGAUAAGAGUGGAAUAAUAACCUGGGGUUGGUCCACUAGCAUUAGGAGCAAUUGGGAAUUUCUUUACCUUGUAGAACUAGCAUUACACAAAAAAAAUCAGGUUGAUGAAAAUCUCACGAAAUAUACUAUGUGGAUUUCUAUAUACCAGUACUCCCCUGAGAUUAAGUACAAAAAGAAUGUUCAGCAAUAUAUACUCUUCUUGCUUACAAAGGCAAAGCCUUGCAAACUCACUGUAAAAGACUUUGCUUGCCUCUUUACCUAACAUUUAUAGACUUGUGUUUUUAAACAUAAUGAUAAAUUUGGCAAGUCAUUUAAAAAACCUGUUUUUGUACAGUCCUAUUAAAUGGUGUUAAACAAAUUUAAUUCAUCCUAAGGAAAUAUAUAUAUAAACCACCAGAAUGAAAAGUUCGUAUUAUGCUCUGCUGUUAAUUCUGUUUCAUCAUUAUGUAGAAAAAUAGCUUUAGAAGUAUCUUGAAGACAUUGUAUCCCACUUGUGGUUCAAACUGAAUUUUGUGGUUCAAACUGGAUUUUGUUUUAAAAUAAAUAAAAGUUUU